AUGUAUAAUUAUAAAAUUUAAGUUGCACCCCAAAUUAAUCACGCUUAAUCUGAUCACUAUUAUCAUCCAUAUUCAACAUUAAGUUAUCAAUCCUACACUAAUAAACCUACUUAUUUAUAAUAAUAGGCCAAUCAAAAAUAUUAUAAUGACUGUUAUUAUUAAGAAAAACAAUAUUAUCCCUAAGCAGAUCGUUAACUAUUUCAAAUACAGAAAGAAUAACAUUAUGAAUACAUGAGUAAACUCAAUAAGAAUUUAGAAUUUGAUUUUCAAACUUUAAAAAAUAAAAUUGAAACAUUAUCAGUUUCAUAUAUUGAAGAACGAGAGUUGUUUUAAUAAAUGAUCUAUGAAAUUGCUUCAUAAUUACGCGAUAUUGAAAGAUGUAAAUCCAACGUAGUUUAUAUCAACCUUCAAAAAUUAUAAAAUAAUAUAACAGCCAUUGACUUAUUAGAAUACUUGCACUCAUAAGACCUUACAUAAAUUAAAAAGAGUGAUAUUGAACUAUUCUUCAAUUCUAUAAACCAACAAGUUCAACAAGAUUAAAUUUCAAAACUUAAAUUAUAAAAUCUAAUAGGCAAGGAUUUCCUUACAAAAUAAGAAUAAGAUGAACAUAUAGAUUAAAUAUAAGCUAGAGUCAUAGCCAUGAUAAUUUAAACCUAUACUCAUUUAGAAUAUUAUAGAUAGAAAUUCUAAUACAUGGCAUUAAAAUUAGAUUAUGUUUUCAAUUGGUUAGAUUUUGACAGAGAUGGCAUUUUAUCAUAUGCAGAUUUUAAAUCCAGAUUUCCUAGCGCAGAUAUUGUGUUUAAAUUCCUUACUUAACAAAGUUUAGACAUUAGCAGCUUUGUAAAAUUGUUCUAACCUCACUCAUAGGCUAAAUACUUUUGA